UUGCUCUGAAGUCACUAUAAUUCUCUUCAGAGAAGAAGACUGCUGUGACUUCAAGUGAACUGCAAAGUCAACAUUGAAAUAUCUUGCCACGCAGAACGUCAGCAUAUUUGCUGGAAAACUCUCUGUAAUGAGAUAGACUUAUCAAGUUUAGUAAGUUAAGGGUCGUUUAUUAAGUUGUUGGCUAUCAGAGCAUAUAUAUAUUGAUAGUAUCAGUCUAUCAGCCAAGUCCAUCGAUAUCAAUAAAAUGGCUGCCCAACAAGAAAACUGCGAGGAAAAUCUCCUUCAAAGGAUUAGUACAACAGGAUGGUGCAAGAGAUCUAAAAUCUUAUUUGUAGCUGCUCUGCUGUUCGUCGGCUUCUGUACCGGACUCCUUACGGGGGUUUUUCUUACAAGGAGUUCAAAUGAAGAUGAAGCCAUCCAAGACAAGAAAGAUUCUUCGUCACGAACACGUCGAGAUGCUGAUAGCAAAGGUCUGUCAAUAGAAGACGUGCAUAUGGCGAUCAAGCUUCACCUGAAAUCCUUGAAGGCGUCAGACAUCUGUAAGCCGAGAGAUACUAUUUGUUUACCAGGACCGAAAGGUGAGCCCGGCCUGCAUGGAAUUCAAGGACCGCGUGGCAAAAUUGGCCGUAAGGGAGAUAUAGGUGAUCAAGGACCCACUGGGGUCAGAGGAAUGCCCGGUCCAUCUGGUCCAUCCGGUACACCAGGAAUGCUCGGACGACCGGGCAGACCUGGAGAAAGGGGAUAUCAAGGGAUUCAAGGACCGCCAGGCUUCCCCGGUGCACCAGGAUUAAAAGGACAAAAGGGAGACAAAGGUCAUAGGGGAAGACGAGGGCCCACCGGUGAACGGGGCGAAAUAGGACGACGUGGAUAUCCAGGAAAACAUGGACCUAAAGGAGAAACAGGGGCACCGGGUAUGACAGGGUUAGCAGGUGUACCCGGGUUCAAAGGAGACCGUGGUAUACCCGGUAAAUCUGGAAAAUGUAAAUGUAGGGGAUUGGGAUAAAAGCUGUUACGGAAAUAGACUUUUGCCAUAAAUAGUAUUCAAACACAUUUAAUCUAA